CAAACCAUGAUGCCCAAAAGACAAGCGGAGUUGUCGCUGGAGGAGGACCUCCCGGCAGGCUCUCCUGCAUCCAAAAGAGUCCGCGUGGAGGAUGAAGCAUCCGAACAAGAAGAUCCGCGCCAUGGGGCCCUACCGCUACGCCGAGCCAGUGGACAAGAGACCGAGCAGCACGAGCGCAAUGGGGAGAAUAUUCUUGCUGCGGCCGACCAGGAGCAAGAGGAGCUAAAGGAAGCAGCGCAGAACGACGAUAACGAGUCUUCCGACGGCGACGAGGAUGACGACAAGCCGGUGAUUGCGGCUCCGCAACGCCAGACGCAACCCAUGGAGGGCUACAGCGACCUGUAUCUCGACACGAUUAAUCGCGGAAUCCUCGAUUUCGAUUUCGAAAAGCUGUGCUCAGUCAGUCUGUCCAACAUCAACGUAUAUGCCUGUCUCGUGUGCGGCAAAUAUUUCCAAGGUCGAGGACCCAAGUCGCAUGCCUACUUCCAUGCUCUCGAAGUCGGACACCAUGUUUUCAUUAACAUGGGCACCAAAAAAGUCUAUGUUCUCCCGGAGGGAUACGAAGUUCAGAACAAGAGUCUGGAGGAUAUCAAAUACGUGGUCGAUCCUUAUUACACCAAGGAAGAAGUGACAAAAUUAGAUAAAGAGGUUCAUGAUGCCUUCGAUCUUGCCGGGGCCCGCUAUAGACCAGGCUUCGUGGGAAUGAACAACAUCAAGGCCAACGAUUAUCUCAACGUCGUAGUGCAGCUGUUAGCCCAUGUUUUCCCGAUUCGCAAUUACUUCCUGCUCCAUGAUUUCCCUGCGCUGGGGACGCCACAGUUGGUGCAUCGUUUCAGCACCCUCGUGCGGAAGUUGUGGAAUCCCAAGGCCUUCCGAUCCCAUGUUUCGCCACAUGAACUAUUACAGGAGAUUGCUAUCCGGUCAUCGAAACGUUUCACCCUCACCCAACAGUCCGAUCCAGUGGACUUUUUGUCAUGGUUUCUCAACAACCUACACCUAUCCCUCGGAGGUUCCAAAAAGCCCUCGAAGAACCCGACGAGUGUGAUCCAAGCCGCUUUCCAGGGCCACUUGAAGAUCGAAAGUCAAGCGAUCACCGCUCAUUCUGAUACCCAAAAUGCCCGUCUGGUCUUCACCGAAUCUGGAACCAUCAACAGCCAAACCAUCCCCUAUCUCAUCCUCACGCUGGACCUGCCGCCGACUCCUCUAUUCCAGUCCGCCAAUCGUGAAUCCAUCAUUCCCCAGGUCCCCUUGACCACCCUCUUGAACAAAUACAACGGGAUCACCGCCUCGGAGAAACUCGCCCAUCGAGUCCGGCAUCGUCUCCUUCAUCCCCUCCCGCCAUACCUCUUCUUCCACAUCAAGCGAUUCAGUCAGAACCGGUUCGUCUCAGAACGGAAUCCGACGAUCGUCACCUUCCCCUCUCCUCGCUCCCUAGACAUGUCUCCCUACGUAGAACCCAACCCGGAGAUCUGGCCGCCGGGCGAGCCGAUCCUCUAUGACCUCGUGGCCAACAUCAUUCUCGACCCCACGGUGGCCGCCCCUGGGGCAACCGAUGAGGCGGCAGCCGAUAAGGGUGUCAACGCGGCCGGUGGAUCGUCAUCUUCCGGAGCCGGCGGAGGCAGUGAAAAGGUUGCCUGGCUCGUUCAGCUUCACGACAAGGCGAUGGCAGCGGAGAACACCCGACACCAAAGCCAGCACGCUGGAGAGCAGCGGGGACCGGAGUGGUUGGAGAUUCAAGAUCUGUUUGUGAAACGAGCAGAAAGCGAGACGCUGUUCACCAGGGAAGGAUAUCUAAUGGUCUGGGAGCGCCGGAAAAUUCCUGGCAUGUCGAACCGCAAGGGCAAAGCCGCCAAAUAAACGGAGAUCGAUAAUGAAAAAUAUAAAGACUAUGUAUGCAUGUAUUUUCUAACGGGAAGCACUUUGUCGAGACUUGGUGUUGAGGCCUUUUUUUUGUAUAAUUACAGCUCAUGC